GUUGUUUUUGGCUAUAAAAACCCCAAAACAAUCAUCUCAGAGGACACACAACUUAGCCAAUAAUUAUACAAAGAGUACGAGAGUUCGAGUGAGUCCGUAAUUGGGCAAUUGGUGAAGAGAAGAUAGCCAUUGGAGGGCAGCUUAGUCUCGAAUCCAAGGUAGAACAAGAACGAAGGUGAAUCGCGGGGUCGAAGCCGGGUUUAUUCGGGUGUUCUUCAGAGUGUAUGUACGCGUACGAUAAAGAAGCUAGACUUCAGCGCAUUAAAGCAUACGUAGGCUUCCUAAACGAGGCUGAACCAGAGAAGCUGCUUCACAUUUUCAGUGCUGAACCGGAACUUGAAAUAGAAGAUCCAUUACCGAUUGAAUACAAGAACAUGGCAGAACGAACACUGAAGGAAUUGGGAGCACCGAGAACAGGAGAAGACCCUCUGUGCAUUGUCUUUCCAGAGCUAGAGAAUCCUCUAAAGCUGAAUUCAGGUUUCCUUAAUCUUCUCCCUAAAUUCUAUGGGAACGCAGGUGAGAAUCCUUAUAGACACUUAAAAGAAUUUAAGGUUGUAUGUUCUUCCAUGAAUCCAGAAGGCGUAGAACAAGAACAUAUUAGAUUGCAUGCUUUUCCUUUUUCUUUCAAGAUCCUGCCAAAGAGUGGCUAUAUGAGCAACUUUCACCUAGUUUUAUUAAUUCUUGGGCAGAAAUGGAAAAAGUUUUUCUUGAAAGAUUCUUUCCUGCGAGUCGUAUUGGUUCUAUUAAUAAGGAAAUUUGUGGAAUUAGACAAAAUAAUAACGAAUCUUUAUAUGAGUAUUGGCAACGUUUUAACAUACUUUGUUCAUCUUGUCCCCAACACCAAAUAAGUGAGCAAUUGUUAAUUCAAUAUUUUUAUGAGGGGUUGUUACCUAAUGAGAGAGGUAUGAUAGAUGCAUCAAGUGGGGGGGCAUUAGUAGAUAAAACUCCAACGGAAGCUAGAAAGUUAAUUUCUAAUAUGGCUCAAAAUACUCAACAAUUUGGCAGUAGAAAUGAUGUUAAAAGAGUUAAUGAUGUGGACUUAAGUGGAAUUAAAAAUCAAUUACAAGAAAAUGCUCAACAAAUUGCUGCUUUAACCACCUUAGUGUCUAAAAUUGUUCCUGGUAAUGAGUCUACAGCUAGAGUAUGUGGUGUUUGUUCUGAUUUUUCUCAUGCUACUGAUGAAUGUCCUACUUUACAAAGUGAAGAUGUUAAUGCCUUAGGAGGUUUUCCUGGUCAAUCUCAAAGGAAAUAUGACCCUUUUUCUAAUACUUAUAAUGAAGGUUGGAAAGAUCACCCUAACCUUAGGUAUGGACCUAGACCACCAUUUUCUCAUUCUAAUCAAACUAGGCCAUUUGUUCAACAAAAUUCACAACAACAAUCUGGUUCAUCAUUAGAGGAUUUAGUGAAACAAUUGACUACCCAAAUUGGACAAGUUCAUAGUCAAGGUGUUCAAUAUCAAAAGAAAACUGACACUCACCUACAUCACAUAGAUACUCAAAUAGGUCAAAUUAGCACUUCCCUUAGUAAUUUGGAAUCUCAGCUUUCGAAUAGGCUUCCUUCUCAAACACUUGCCAAUCCAAAUGAACAUGCUAAAGUUGUAACACUUAGAAGCGGUAAAGAGUUAAAGGAACCUAAAAUAAAGAAUAGAGAAAUAGAGAAAGAGGUAGAAGUCAGACCUAAGGAUGAUGUAGCUGGUGAGAGUAAGGAAAAACAUGAUACAGAAAGUGAGAAAGAACUGGAAAAGAAGGGUAAUUUUGAUGUGAAUUAUGAUGUUUCUCGUUUUAAAGAUAUUCCCCCUUUUCCUUAUCGAUUUGCUAAAGCUAAGAAGGAGGCCCUUGACAAUGAAAUACUUGAAACAUUUAGGAAGGUUGUAGUGAAUAUCCCUCUUCUUGAUGCUAUUAAACAGAUACCUAAGUAUGCUAAGUUUCUAAAAGAACUUUGUACUAACAAAAGGAACUUCAAGCCUCGUGAAAAGGUAAGAAUGGGUGAGAACAUAUCUGCUGUAAUUCAAAAGAAACUUCCUCCAAAAUGCAAAGAUCCUGGCAUGUUUUCUAUCCCAUGUAAAAUUGGUAACACUAAAUUUGAAAGAUGCAUGUUAGACUUAGGUGCUUCAAUUAAUGUCAUGCCUAAAUCUGUAUAUGAUACUUUGAAUGUGGGUCCUUUGUCUAAAACUAAUGUUGUUAUCCAAUUAGCUGAUAGAUCUAAUGCAUUUCAUAUGGGAGUUUUGGAAGAUGUACUUGUUCAAGUGAAUGAACUAGUUUUUCCUGCUGAUUUUUAUGUGCUUGAUAUGGGUGAUAGAUUUGAUAGUGUUCCUUUAUUGUUGGGUCAUCCUUUUCUAAAGACUUCCAAAACUAAAAUUGAUGUUCAUGAAGGUAAUUUGACAAUGGAAUUUGAUGGCGAAAUGAUUAAAUUCAACAUAUUUGAUGCUAUGAAAUACCCUAAUGAUAUCAGUAAUGUUAGUUCUAUAGAUUCAUUUGAUGCAUGUGACUGGAUGGCUCAGGAUGUUUUUGAUGAGUGGUGUAAAAAUCUGUUUGAAAAUGGUGUGUUUGGUGAUUUUAAGGAAACAAAAAUGGUUGAUUCUUUUGUAGUUUCAUCUGAUGUGAUUGAACCUGAUGCUUGUGAUGGAUGUGAAAAAUCUUUACCUUCUAUUGUGCCUAAAUUGAUCCCUUCUACUGUUAAGCCACCUGAAUUAGAAUUGAAGCCCCUUCCUUCUAAUUUGAAGUAUGCUUAUUUGGGUGAUAAUGAGACUCUACCUGUGAUCAUUUCAAGUUCUUUAAAUGAAUCUCAAGAGACUAAGUUAUUGAAUUUGCUUAAAAAUCACAAGGAAGCCUUAGGAUGGACUUUAGCUGACAUAAAAGGCAUUAGUCCCGCCAUGUGCAUGCAUAAAAUUUUUCUUGAAAAAGAUGCUAAACCAACUAGAGAGGCUCAACGUAGAUCAAAUCCUUCAAUUAUGGAAGUAGUUAAAAAGGAAAUUCUAAAAUGGUUAGAUGCAGGAGUGAUAUAUCCUAUUUCCGAUUCUCAAUGGGUAAGUCCUAUACAUGUGGUACCUAAAAAGAGUGGAAUAACAGUUGUCGAAAAUAAUAAAGGAGAAUUUGUCCCCACUAGAGUUUCUAAUGGAUGGAGAGUUUGUAUUGACUACAGGAAGCUUAAUCAAGCUACUAGAAAAGACCAUUUUCCUCUGCCAUUUAUUGAUCAGAUGUUAGAAAAACUUGCUGGACAAUCUUUCUUCUGUUUUCUGGAUGGUUAUUCAGGUUACACACAAGUACCCAUUGCCCCUGAAGAUCAAGAUAAAACCACUUUUACCUGUCCUUUUGGUACAUUUGCUUUUAGAAGAAUGCCUUUUGGUUUAUGUAAUGCUCCAGGAACUUUUCAGAGAUGUAUGAUGAGCAUAUUUUCUGAUUUAAUAGAACAUGAUAUGGAAGUUUUUAUGGAUGACUUUACUGUUUUUGGUGAUUCAUUUGAUAGAUGUCUUCAUGCUUUAACUCGUGUUCUAAAGAGAUGUGUUGAAACUAAUCUUGUUUUGAAUUUUGAAAAGUGUCAUUUCAUGGUAGAACAAGGCGUGGUUCUUGGUCAUAUUGUAAGCGCUAAAGGUUUAGAGGUAGACAAAGCUAAAAUUGAGGUGAUAAGUUCUCUGCCUUAUCCUAAAUGUGUUCGCGAAGUUAGAUCAUUUUUAGGACAUGCUGGUUUUUAUAGGCGUUUUAUAAAGAAUUUUUCAAAAAUUGCUUCACCUUUAUGUGCUUUGCUUGCUAAAGAUGCUGUUUUUGACUUCAAUGAUGAAUGUAAGAAAGCUUUUGAUGAUUUAAAAGCCAAGCUGACAAGUGCUCCUGUUAUUAGACCCCCUGAUUGGUCGUUACCUUUUGAAAUAAUGUGCGAUGCUAGUGAUAAAACCAUAGGAGCUGUUUUAGGCCAAAAGAAGGGUAAAGAGUCUUAUGUGAUACAUUAUGCUUCUAAAUCACUUGACCCUGCCCAAUGCAAUUACACUGUGACUGAAAAAGAAAUGUAUGCUGUGAUAUUUGCUUUGGAAAAGUUUAGAACUUAUUUACUUGGUACUCAUGUGAUUGUUUAUUCUGAUCAUGCGGCUCUAAAAUACUUGAUAAAGAAGAGUCAUUCAACACCUAAGUUACUUAGGUGGAUGCUUCAAUUACAAGAGUUUGAUCUAGAAAUUAGGGAUAAAAAAGGUGUUGAAAAUCAAGUUGCUGACCAUUUGAGUAGGAUUGUCCCUAGAGAAGAUUGGCCUAUGAUAAGUGAUUUUUUCCCCGAUGAAAAAUUGCUUUCUUUAUAUCAUGUUGAAACUCCUUGGUAUGCCGAUAUGGUUAAUUACUUAGUAACUAGGACGUUUCCCCCUUUUCUAACUAAGGUCCAAAGAGAAAAGAUAAAGUCGGAAUCUAAAUACUACAUAUGGGAUGAUCCUUAUUUGUGGAAAUCUUGCUCUGACCAAGUAAUUAGACGGUGUGUAGAUAAACCUGAACAUGAUUCUAUACUAACAUUUUGCCAUAGUCUUGAAAGUGGAGGACACUUUGGUCCUCAAAGGACUGCUCAUAAAGUCUUAGAAUGUGGUUUGUAUUGGCCUACUAUUUACAAGGAUGCUUAUUUAUUUUGUAAGGCUUGUGAACGCUGCCAGAAAUCUGGAAAUCUGUCUAAAGAAAUGAAAUGCCCCAAUCUGGAAUUUUAAUUUGUGAAAUAUUUGAUGUGUGGGGCAUUGAUUUUAUGGGUCCCUUUCCUGUUUCUUUUGGUAAUGUUUAUAUCAUUCUUGCUGUUGAUUAUGUGUCUAAAUGGGUAGAGGGGAAAGCUGUAAUAACCGAUGAUGCU